AUGCCGGACACGACGGACGACAUCGCGGAGGGCAUAUCCUUCCAGGCGUUCGAGGACGACUGCCGCCUCCUCGGCAGCCUCCUCCAUGACGUCCUCCUCCGCGAACUCGGACCGCACUUCAUCCAACUCUUCGAGCGCAUCCGCAUCCUCGCCCAGAGCGCGGCCACCAUGCGCGGCGCGGGGAUGGAGGACACGGCGGCGGUCGUGGAGCGGCAGCUGGAGGCGGAGCUGGCCGCCAUGUCGCUCGAGGACUCGCUCGCCAUCGCACGCGCCUUCUCCCACUACCUCAAUCUCACGGGAAUCGCCGAGCGGUACCACAGGGUCCGUAAAUCACGUAGUGAAGUGCAUCUGUCAAAAUCAUGUGAUGAUAUAUUUGACAAGUUGAUUCAAGGCGGUGUUCCUCCAGAAGAACUAUAUGAUACUGUCUGCAAACAGGGGGUUGAAAUUGUCCUGACAGCGCAUCCUACUCAAAUAAAUCGGCGGACUUUGCAGUACAAGCAUCUUAGAAUAGCCCAUCUCUUAGAGUUCAAUGAACGCCCUGAUCUUAGCCAUGAGGAUCGAGAAAUGCUAAUAGAAGACCUGGUAAGGGAAAUCACAGCAUUAUGGCAGACAGAUGAGUUGAGGCGUCAUAAACCUACACCAGUUGAUGAAGCUAGGGCUGGCCUUCAUAUUGUGGAGCAAUCCCUCUGGAAAGCGAUACCACGAUACCUUCGCCGUGUUAGCAAUGCUCUGAAGAAGCAUACUGGCAAGCCGCUUCCAUUGACGUGCACACCGAUCAAAUUUGGUUCAUGGAUGGGUGGUGACCGAGACGGGAAUCCUAAUGUUACAGCAAAAGUGACUCGGGAUGUUUCCUUGAUGUCCCGGUGGAUGGCAAUUGACCUGUACAUCCGACAACUAGACAAUCUCAGCUUUGAACUAUCCAUCAAGAAAUGCAGCGAGAAGCUUGCAAGCGUAGCUAAUGAAAUCUUGCUCAAAGUGGACUCCUCAGAGUCAGCAUCUGAAGAGACGAAGGCCAGUCCAUGGACCCAAACAGGACCGCAGAACAUCGUAAAACUUCAGCCUAGCUUGGCGCUUGCUGCUCAGCUUCCUUCUGGUGCCGAUCUUCCAUCAUUGACAGAAUGCAUUGGUAGCGAAGCUCAAAUCAGAAUCGUAAAACCUCCAUGGAACCCGAAACGUCAGGGGAUUCAAAUUCCAACAGAAAAGAGUGAUGACAGUCCAGUGCAGUCUCCUGGACGAACUCGACCAGGAUCAUCACAUAUGGGUCGAACUCCAAGUGCUGGUCAACUAAGGAAAAUGUUGUUCACAGAAUCUAAGAUAGGCCGGUCAAGCUUCCGAAAGCUUCUAGAGCCAAGCCUCUCUGAUAGACCAGGAAUCACUCCAUACAGGAUUGUCCUUGGUAAUGUGAAAGAAAAGAUGAUGAAGACACGAAGACGACUUGAGCUUCUUCUUGAGGAUCUACCGUGUGACUAUGAUCCUGCAGAAUAUUAUGAAACACCAGAUCAACUUUUAGAGCCUUUGAUCCUGUGCUACGAAUCACUGCAAUCAUGCGGAUCAAGCAUUCUUGCCGAUGGUCGAUUAGCAGAUCUUAUACGACGGGUUGCAACCUUUGGUAUGGUGUUGAUGAAGCUCGACGUGCGCCAGGAAUCAGGCCGGCACGCAGAAGCACUUGAUGCCGUUACGUCUUACUUGGAUCUUGGUAUUUAUAGUGAGUGGGAUGAAGAAAAGAAGCUGGAUUUCUUGACUAGGGAGCUGAAAGGGAAGCGUCCUCUAGUCCCCCCAUACAUAGAGGUUGCUGCUGACGUGCAAGAAGUUCUCGACACCUUCCGUGUUGCUGCAGAAUUAGGGAGCGACUCACUUGGAGCAUAUGUGAUUUCAAUGGCCUCUAAUGCCAGUGAUGUCCUCGCCGUUGAGUUGUUGCAGAAGGACGCAAGACUAACAGUUAGUGGUGACAUGGGACGGCCAUGUCCUGGUGGAACGUUAAGAGUUGUUCCCUUGUUUGAGACGGUGAAGGAUCUGCGGGAAGCCGGCUCGGCGAUCAGGAAGUUGCUGGCCAUUGACUGGUACAGAGAGCAUGUCAUCAAGAACCACAACGGGCACCAAGAGGUCAUGGUUGGUUACUCUGAUUCAGGCAAGGACGCCGGCCGUUUCACAGCAGCGUGGGAGCUGUACAAGGCUCAGGAAGAUGUCGUCGCCGCGUGCAACGAGUUCGGUAUCAAGGUCACACUCUUCCAUGGCCGCGGCGGGAGCAUUGGCCGUGGCGGCGGGCCGACGUACCUCGCCAUUCAGUCACAGCCGCCUGGUUCAGUAAUGGGCACUCUUCGGUCGACGGAGCAAGGCGAGAUGGUGCAGGCCAAGUUCGGGCUGCCCAAGACGGCGGUGCGGCAGCUGGAGAUCUACACGACGGCUGUGCUGCUCGCCACCAUGCGGCCGCCGCAUCCUCCCCGGGACCCCCACUGGCGCCACGUAAUGGAGGAGAUCUCCCGCGUGAGCUGCGCACACUACCGCAGCACGGUGUACGAGGACCCGUCCUUCAUCACCUACUUCCAGGAGGCGACGCCGCAGGCGGAGCUCGGGUACCUCAACAUCGGCAGCCGCCCGGCGAAGCGCAAGGCCACCCCCGGCAUUAACAACCUCCGGGCCAUCCCGUGGGUGUUCGCCUGGACGCAGACGCGGCUGGUGCUCCCGGCGUGGCUUGGCGUCGGCAAGGGCCUACAGGACGCCCUGGACAAGGGCCACACGGAGGAGCUCCGGGCCAUGUACGACGAGUGGCCCUUUUUUCAGUCCACGUUGGACCUGAUCGAGAUGGUGGUGGCCAAGGCCGACGCGCCCAUGGCGAAGCACUACGACGACGUGCUGGUGUCGUCGCCCGAGCGGCGGGCGGUGGGGGAGGAGCUGAGGAGGGAGCUAGCGAGGUCGGAGAGGUGCGUGCUGGCGGUGAGCGGGCACUGCAAGCUGUCGGCGAACAACCGGAGCCUGAGGAGGCUGAUCGAGAGCAGGCUGCCGUACCUCAAUCCCAUGAACAUGCUGCAGGUGGAGGUGCUGCGACGGCUGCGACGGGACGACGACAACCUGAAGCUCCGUGACGCGCUGCUCAUCACCAUCAACGGCAUCGCCGCCGGGAUGCGCAACACCGGCUGA